GUUCUUAAUUACUUUAAACUAUUUAUGUCCACGAAUUGCAGCGUAUCGUAAACAACUAUUAAUGGAAUUAAAAAAACGAGCUGAUUUAUUGCCUCCUCAUAUUCAAUUGUUCAUACCCUCGGAGUGUCGACGUCAGGAUGAAAUGAAAGCAAAAGCUCUGUUUAAUCCAACACGGACCAACAAUUUUCAACAACAUCAUUCUCAACAGCAGAUUAUUUUUAAAAGAAACGAUUAUAAUACGUGGCCACUGAUAAGGUCGAAUCAAACGAAAACAAUUGGUUCAAUAGAAUCAAAUGAAUCGAUUUGGGAUGUAAUAAAACAUUUACAAAGUGAUUUUGAAAAAAUGAAAUUGGAGCACGAAAGGAAAGAAAAUGAAAUGAAGAUAAAACACAUUGAUCAAAUGAACAAAUAUAAAGCCCUGGUGGUUUUGAAUAAUAUUCAAACGAAAACUUAG